AGUGUUGGUCAUGUGACUGACAGGACUGAUGACAAAUGUUGUUGUGUUGUGUGAAGGUGUGAACUGUGCCAUGAAUCAGUGUGAGGAGACACAGGAGGGAGUCCCUCCCUCUAAAACCACUCUGUGUGGGGAACCUGACAGCCAGACCAGACCUCACAGCCCCGAGCAGCAGCAGAGACCAGACUGUCCUGAACCUGGAUGCAAUCGUGGUCCUGGAUAUCAACAAGGACCAGGACCUGCACUUCCAUCUGAACCUGAACGAGAAUUCAGCUGUGUGUCUGAGAGUGAUAUGUCGAUGAAGUCUCCUCUUCUUUUUAGACGAUCUGCUGAUGGAGGUAUCCAGCAACUGAGACCAGCCUCUCUUGAACCCAGCGGUCUACCAUUCAAGAGCGACAAUUCAAUGGAACAUUUCAUUGACUUUAAACGACGACGUCCUCCUGCUGAUCAGGUAGUUGACGAGCAGAGCUCAGAGGUUCCCAUUGGCCGGUCUGCCCCGCAGUAUGAGACAGACCUGGACUCCAUUUUUAAGCUGCUGGAGGAGGACAUUGUCACUUUUGUGAGGAACGAACUGAAGAAGUUCCAGAGGGUUCUGAGUCCAGAUGGUCCAGGAUCUUUAGAUAGUCUGAGGGAGGAUGAUGAGGUGCUGGAUGGUGAGGAUGAAGAGCAGAGGAGGAGCAGCAGGGAGGCAUUUCUGAAGAUCACACAGCACUUCCUGAGGAGAAUGAAGCAGGAGGAACUGGCUGACUGUCUGCAGAGCAGAAAUCCUGUUCCAGUUUGUUUCCAGCAUCAACUCAAAUCUAAGCUGAAGAAGAAGUAUGAGUGUGUGUUUGAGGGGAUUGCUAAAGCAGGAAACCCGACCCUCCUGAAUCAGGUCUGCACAGAGCUCUACAUCACAGAGGGAGAGACUGGAGGGGUCAACGAUGAACAUGAGGUCAGACAGAUUGAAACAGCAGCCAGGAAAACCAGAAGACCAGAGACAACAAUCAGACAAGAAGACAUCUUUAAAGCCUCACCUGGAAGAGAUGGACCAAUCAGAACAGUGAUGACAAAGGGAGUGGCUGGCAUUGGGAAAACAGUCUUAACACAGAAGUUCACUCUGGACUGGGCUGAAGACAAAGCCAACCAGGACAUCCACUUCACAUUUCCAUUCACUUUCAGAGAGCUGAAUGUGCUGAGAGAGAAAAAGUUCAGCUUGGUGGAACUUGUUCAUGACUUCUUCACUGAAACCAAAGAAGCAGGAAUCUGCAGGUUUGAGAAGUUCCUGGUUGUGUUCAUCUUUGACGGUCUGGAUGAGUGUCGACUUCCUCUGGACUUCCACAACAAUGAGAUCCUGACUGAUGUCACAGAGUCCACCUCAGUGGAUGUGCUGCUGACAAACCUCAUCAGGGGGAAUCUGCUUCCCUCUGCUCGCCUCUGGAUAACCACACGACCUGCAGCAGCCAAUCAGAUCCCUGCUGAGUGUGUUGACAUGGUGACAGAGGUCAGAGGGUUCACUGACCCACAGAAGGAGGAGUACUUCAGGAAGAGAUCCAGAGAUGAUGAGAAGCAGGCCAGCAGAAUCAUCUCCCACAUCAAGACAUCACGAAGCCUCCACAUCAUGUGCCACAUCCCAGUCUUCUGCUGGAUCACUGCUACAGUUCUGGAGGAUAAGUUGAAGACCAGAGAGGGAGGAGAGCUGCCCAGGACCCUGACUGAGAUGUACAUCCACUUCCUGGUGGUUCAGUCCAAACGAAAGAACAUCAAGUAUGAUGGAGGAGAUGGGACAGAUCCACAGUGGAAUCCAGACAGCAGGAAGAUGAUUGAGUCUCUGGGAAAACUGGCUUUUGAGCAGCUGCAGAAAGGCAACCUGAUCUUCUAUGAAUCAGACCUGACAGACUGUGGCAUCGAUAUCAGAGCAGCCUCAGUGUACUCAGGAGUGUUCACCCAGAUCUUUAUAGAGGAGAGAGGACUGCACCAGAUGAAGGUGUUCUGCUUCGUCCAUCUGAGCGUUCAGGAGUUUCUGGCUGCUCUUCAUGUCCAUCAGACAUUCAUCAACUCUGGUGUCAACCUGCUGGCAGAAGAACAACCAACAUCCCAGAAGUCUGAAACAAGAACAGAUGAAUCUGCAGAGACACAGUUCUACUGGAGUGCUGUGGACAAGGCCUUGCGGAGUCAAAAUGGACACCUGGACUUGUUCCUUCGCUUCCUUCUGGGUCUUUCACUGCAGACCAAUCAGGCUCUCCUCCGAGACCUGCUGACAAAGACAGGAAGUAGUUCACAGACCAAUCAGGAAACAAUCCAGUACAUCAAGAAGAAGAUCAGUGAGAAUCGAUCUCCUGAGAGGAGCAUCAAUCUGUUCCACUGUCUGAAUGAACUGAAUGAUCGUUCUCUGGUGGAGGAGAUCCAACGCUACCUGAGGUCAGGAAGUCUCUCCACAGAUCAACUGUCUCCUGCUCAGUGGUCAGCUCUGGUCUUCAUCUUACUGUCAUCAGAAGAAGAUCUGGAUGUGUUUGACCUGAAGAAAUACUCUGCUUCAGAGGAGGCUCUUCUGAAGCUGCUUCCAGUGGUCAAAGCCUCCAACAAAGCUCUACUGAGCGGCUGUAACCUGUCAGAGAGAAGCUGUGAAGCUCUGUCCUCAGUCCUCAGCUCCCAGUCCUCCAGUCUGAAAGAGCUGGACCUGAGUAACAAUGACCUGUGGGAUUCAGGAGUGAAGGUGCUGUCUGCAGGACUGGAGAGUCCAGCCUGUAGACUGGAGACUCUCAGGUUGUCGGGGUGUCUUAUCACAGAGGAAGGCUGCGCUUGUUUGGUCUCUGCUCUGAGCUCCAACACUUCCAGUCUGAAAGAACUGGACCUGAGCUACAACCAACCAGGAGACUCAGGGGUGAGACUGCUGUCUGCUGGACCAGACUGCUCACACAGGAGACUGGACUCUUUACGGGUGGAGCCUGCUGGAGGUCGAUGGCUGACACCGGGGCUGAGGAAGUAUUCCUGUGAGCUCACACUGGACACAAACACAGUAAACACAAAGAUCAAACUGUCUGACAACAACAGGGUGGUGACACACGUGGAGGAGGAUCUGUCAUAUCCUGACCAUCCAGACAGAUUUGACUUCUGGCCUCAGGUGCUGUGCAGAGAAGGUCUGACUGGCCGCUGUUACUGGGAGGUCGAAUGGAGGGGAAAGGUUGACAUAUCAGUGAGCUACAGAGGAAACAACAGGAGAGGAGACAGUGAUGACUGUGUGUUUGGAAGGAAUGAACAGUCCUGGAGUUUGACCUGCUGGGAUAUUCGUUACUACGUCUGGCACAAUAACAAAGGAAUAUCCAUCCCUCCCUCCUCCUCCUCUCCUGCCUCCAACAGAGUUGCAGUGUAUGUGGACUGUCCUGCUGGCACUCUGUCCUUCUACCGAGUCUCCUCUGACACUCUGAUCCACCUCCACACCUUCAACACCACAUUCACUGAACCUCUUUAUCCUGGGUUCAGGUUCUCGUCUGACAGGCCUGGUUCCUCAGUGUCUCUGUGUUCUGAGUAGGAGGGAGAGUGAAAAGGGACAGUAAUCACUGAGGUGGGAAACUGAACACCUCUUUGGCACAAGGACGAUGGUAAAAAUGUUGAAAUGCCUUAAAGACUUGCUGGAUCAAAUUCAAAAUUGGCGGAAAUAAUGAAUAAACAACUUGUAAACCGUCA